AUUAUUUUGUUUGUUUUAGGUAUUAUACACAGUUAGAAGGUGGAAGGGUUCCUGUCUAUGCGGUUGUUUUUCAAGAACCUGAGAAUGAUCCUCGUAAUUGCUGUUACUUAUGGGCUGUUCAGUCCACACAAGAUAGUGAAGGGGAUGUUUUGAGUUUGCAUCUGCUUCAGCUGGCAUUUGGUGAUAGAAAAUGCUUGGCUUCAGGCCAAAUCUUAUAUGAGGGAUUAGAAUACUGCGAAGAAAGAUACACACUGGAUCUAGCAGGUGGCAUGUUACCCUUAAGAGGACAGACUAGUAAUACUAAAUUAUUGGGAUGCCAGAGUAUAGAGAGAUUCCCAUCUCAUGGUGACAGGGAAGAAAGUAUGAGAGAAGCUCUGUCCCCUGAUACCAGUGUUUCUGUCUUCACCUGGCAAGUGAAUAUAUAUGGACAAGGAAAGCCCUCUGUGUACUUAGGACUUUUUGACAUUAACCGUUGGUAUCAUGCUCAGAUGCCAGAUUCAUUAAGGUCAGGAGAGUCUCUACAUAAUUGCUCUUAUUUUGCAUUGUGGUCAUUGGAUUCAGUUGUCAGUAGGACUUCUCCACAUCACAUCUUGGACAUACUGGUUCACGAGAGAAGUUUAAAUCGAGGAGUUGCUCCUUCAUAUCCUCCUCCAGAGCAGUUUUUUAACCCAAGUACUUUUAAUUUUGACGCCACUUGUUUAUUAAACUCUGGAGUUAUCCAUGUAACUUGCACUGGAUUUCAGAAGGAGACUUUGACAUUUUUAAAGAAAUCAGGACCAUCUCUCAAUGAAGUCAUUCCUGAUAGUUACAAUCGGUGUCUUGUUGCUGGUCUUCUCUCACCAAGACUUAUUGACAUUCAGCCUUCCAGUUUAAGUCAAGAAGAACAAUUAGAAGCUAUAUUGUCAGCAGCAAUUCAGACAAGUUCCCUGGGACUUUUGACUGGGUACAUUAGAACAUGGAUAACAGAAGAACAACCAAAUUCUGCUGCUAAUCUACGUUUUGUUCUUGAAUGGACAUGGAAUAAGGUGGUUCUCACAAAAGAAGAAUUUGACAGGCUUUGUAAGUAUUAAGUCUGGGUUCAGGGC